CACCGACAUGUUGCCAAGUGCUACCAAAAGAUCUCCGUCGCGUCCCCCCGCCCCCUGUCGUAGAUCAAUACAUAAUCCCCUACCCACAUGGGCCCUUCUACCUCAUCGUUUUUUUGUUUUCUUCACUGAGUUGUCUUUAAAAAAAUGAUCCCUUUGAAUAUGACAAGGAUAGAAUAGCUGCUGGGUCUGGUUACUAUCCUGCUGCGGAGCAUGUUGCGACGAGCCGAUCCGUGUCCAUGGAUCCUGGUAGGUCUGUGGGGUAUGGGACUGAGACUCCGGAGAUUUUUCGAGCUUACUCGAUGCGAUCUCGUAGAGUGGCGGAUCCCCCGUCGUACGACCGUUACUCAAGCUAUCCUGAGGUUCCAGUGUAUGAGCUUGCACGGAACCGGAGCGCCGGAGAGUUGCACCAUGAGCCGAUGAAUUAUGUCCGCGCGACGUCGAAUACCUCUGAUUUUAGUGCGUUGAGAGCGUCCAGCCGGACGGAGCCUGCUUACUCGCCGAAUGCAGAGGUGACGGAGACGUCUGAGGAGGUUCUAGUGAGAGUUCGUGGCGCUGUUGUUCAUUUGGUUGACGAUGAGGAAAGCCCCCUGUUGGCGGAAGGGUCAUUCUCGGUUGUCCUAAUCGAGCAAGAAGGGAAUGGAAUUGUUGCGUUUGUGAAAGUUGGAGAUAACCUUCGGUGGCCCUUGACGAAAGACGCGCUUGCCGUGAAAUUGGAUUCCACUCACUACUUCUUCACCAUCCACGUACCCCGCCCCGUCGAUGAAAUGGACAAGGAGACAGCUGAUGGAGCUGGCGGGGAAGCAUUGAGCUAUGGGGUCACAUUUUCAGUGACAGGGCAAGAGCGCGAACUCCUUCAUCUCGACUCACUUCUGGAGAAAUACAGCAACUUUUCCAACCCUCAGCUAGUCCAUGACGACAGACAGAAAAGCAAUUUUGAUCGUGCUCUUCAGUCUGGAGCUGGUAGUGGUACCGCUGGCGUGACCAUUCCAGAAGCAGUCGUCUCCAGCAAGGGGAAGCGGGUGACGGAGGGCAACCAGGCCGAGUUCUGGAAAACAAUGGCGCCGAAUGUGAACGAUUACAACAGUAGGCUCGCGAAGGGCAUGGCUAAGGGCACCGGCAACGUCAUAAAAGGCAUUUUCUGGGUGAGAGACGUUACUGUGGCGCGCCUUGAGAAUGGUAGCAUCUACAUGAAGGGAAAAGUCAAACCCUGUUCCAAGCCAAGCAAAAUCAGUCCUCGGACUCUACGCAACUUGAAGAGGGUGGAGAACAUGUCCAAAGCCACUGAGGAAGUAGCGAAGAAUGUUUUGGAUGGAGUUGUGAAAACGGUGGGCUUCUUCUCCCAAUCCCUGCUAAAAUCCAAGCCUGGCAAGAAGUUCUUUUCAUUGCUACCCGGCGAAGUGGCUCUUGCCUCUAUGGAUGCAUUCGCGAAAGUAUUUGAUGCGAUGGAGAAAGCGGGAAGUGAUAUGAUGCAGUCCACCGCAGUCUUCACUCAAGAUGUUGUCUCUCACAGAUAUGGUGAGGGAGCGGGCCAAGUGGCUGAAAACACAAUGUCCACCGCUGGCCAUGUCAUGGGAACGGCCUGGACAGUAUCCAAGGUCCGCAAGGCCUUGAAUCUGAAAACUUCGAAAUCAGGAAUGUUUAAAGCAGCAGUAAAACAAGCAGUUGGAGCCAAGUAAAUCAGUUGGGUCGAGCGAGGUAUUAAAACGAGGUUUAAACGUACCUAAUUCUUAUUCGGUAGAUAAAUUUUUAUAUCAUAUACAUUUAUGAUGUGAGCAGUUUGGCGGUUGUGUACGGAGUAGGUACUAGAUGAAGGGGAGAGAAUUGUGGUGCUGAUUUCUAGUCGAAGAUGUAGGAAUUGCAUUAGACGAAAAACAAAAGUCUGGUUUCUUUUCUGGUUAUCUAACUCAGGCAUAUUUGAAACAUUUGUGUAUUUUUUGGUUUUCACUGUAUGAAAUGAUCAUUCUUCAAACUUUUAGUGAA